GCAGAGCAAUAGCAGCAGCAGCAGCAGCACCAGGACACGGCUGCCCAGCACCCGCAGAGCAACGCGAACAUGAGGACCGCACUCGUCGGCGCUAGCACAACUCGGAUUCGGACGCUUCCCGCUCUUACCUGCAGCUGCAGCCACACCAGAUCCUCUGUCCCGGCACCGUGACUGUGAAGUCGACGCUGACCUCGACCCACGCCCACGCCCACACGCCCGCAGCAUGGAUAGCAAGGGGCGCUCGCACACGUCAGCGAGCAAGUUCUUCAACCGCCGCCUGCACCGCGACCGCGACAAGGACAAGGAAAGGGAUAGAGAGAGAGACACCGUCGCUGAGAGCCCGCCCGGCAGUGCUCACGGCUCACAUUCGUCGCGACACCACCGGCAUUCGACGUCGACGGCCUCGAUCGACCGCCCCGUGUCCAUGAGCGCGGAGGGCAUCUUCGCGCGAGCCGGGCCCGUAUCAUCAUACCCCACCGACGACGAGCCACCGCCGCACGAGCUGAACAAGGCCGGCGGCGAUUUCCACCAGUACCCUGUCUUCUCCUCGUCGGCCUCGUCGUCCAGCGGCCAUGGUGCUGCGGGGCCUCCACGUCCCCCGCCCCACUCGUCGACCACCACCAUGGCCUCGAGCGCCGGCCUGCAGCAGUGGGGCUCGCGCGAGACAUCGAGCCGGAAUGGCAGCACCACGCCCGCCUACUAUGCGCCCCAGGACGCGGCCGCCGCCAACCCGCGCGCCUCGUUCGACCAGGCCAGCCUCUACUCCAACGACUCGCGCACCCGCGGCUCGUCGACGCCCUACAUCUCGCAGAACCCCUCGCAGAACCCCUCGCAGACGACCUUUGCCAGCCUGGGCCUCGACGCCUCGUCGCUGCUGCCCAUGGCCGCUGCCACGCCCCGCGACUCGCACCGCCACCGCGACCCGCGCGACCUGCUGCACCUGAACCAGGCCGCCUCGGCCGCCUCGUCGACAGCCUCGUUCGGCGCCAACACGUUCAGCAUCCAGCGCCCGCCCGACCAGGUCGUCGAGAAGGAGUUCAUGAACCUGAUGGUCAAGCGCGGGUGGAAGAGCCUGCCCGAGCAGGCCCGCCGCCAGAUGGAGGCCUACAAGAUCGACAAGAAGUGGACACUCGUCUACCAGGACAAGCUGGCCGAGUUCAAGCACGACGAGAAGAAGCGCAACACGCAGCGCAACACGUACAACGGCGUCCAGAACCCGGACAUUCUGGCCCGCGCCGAGGAGGAGGGCGCCCCCGAGUGGUACGUCAAGAAGGUCAUGGACAACACAAUCUCCAUCAAGCAGAUGUCGAGUCUCGAGAUCAGCCUGCGCACCCAGCCCAUCGCCUGGGUCCGCGGCUUCAUCGAGGCCCAGGGCCAGAUCGCCCUCACCAACGUCCUCGCCAAGAUCAACCGCCGCAAAGGCCAGGGCCCCGCGCCCCCGCCCACGGGCAUGGUGCAGAAGGCCGAGAACGACGUCGAGCGCGAGUACGAGAUUAUCAAGUGCCUCAAGGCGCUGAUGAACAACAAGUACGGCGCCGACAAUGCCCUGAACCACCCCUCCAUCAUCCAGGCCCUCGCCAGCUCCCUCAUCUCCACGCGCCUCAACACGCGCAAGCUCGUCUCCGAUGUCCUGACCUUUCUCUGCCACUGGGGGGAAGGCAGUGGGCAUGAGAAGGUCCUGCAGGCCCUCGACAACCUCAAGGCCCAGUAUGGCGAGAACGGCCGCUUCGACGCUUGGAUGCGGGUUGUUGAAGUCACUGUCGAUGGCCGCGGCAAGAUGGGCUCCAUGGUCGGCGCCUCAGACGAAGUGCGCAGCGGCGGCAUUGGCGUCGAGAACCUGCUGAUGGAAUACGCCAUUGCCACGCUCUUCCUGAUCAACAUGGUCGUCGAUGCCCCGGAGCGCGAUCUCCAGCUCAGAAUGCACAUCCGCGCCCAGUUCACAGGAUGCGGGCUGAAGCGCAUUUUUAAGAAGAUGGAGGGCUUCCAGUACGAGGUCAUCGACAAGCAGAUUGAACGCUAUGUCAAUAAUGAGGCUAUUGACUAUGAAGAGUACCUCGAGCGCGAGAACGACUCCAUGGUUGAUAGCGUCGAGGGCGAUAUGAAGGAUCUCAACGACCCUAGCCAGAUUGCCGACGCUAUCAUGACCAAGAUUAGUGGUAGUAGAGCGCAGGACUACUUCUUGUCUGCUAUGCAGCACUUGCUGCUCAUUCGGGAUACCGAUGGCGAGGACCGGCUCAAGAUGUUCCAGCUCGUCGACUCCAUGCUGAGCUACGUGGCUAUGGACCGCCGACUGCCGGAUAUGGAUCUGAAGCAGAGCCUGAACUUUACCGUCCAGUCCUUGCUCGACAAGCUGUACACGGACUCUGAAGCCCGCCAAGUGCGAGACGAAGCUCUCGAGGCACGACAAGUCGCUGAUUCGGCCAUUGCUGAGCGCGACGAACUCAAAGCCCAGCUCGAGCUCGGUGCGGAUGGACUGGUGCAGAAGCUCCAAAAGCAACUCGCAGAGCAGGAGCGCAUCAUUGAGCUGCGCGGCAGACAGGUCGAGACGAUGAAAGCCGAGCUUGCCGAGAUCCAAAGGAUACGCGCGCAAGAGCUGCAGCGGAACGAGCUCGAGACACGUGAGCUCUACCUCAUGCUGCGAGACGCGCAGGACGUUGCGGCGUCUGCGGCCAAGAAGUCGGGCAAGGAUGGUCUGGGUGCGACGGAUCCUGCGCAGAUGCAGGGCAUCAUGGAUCGCGAGCGGCUGAUGAACAGGCUGGAGAUUCAGCUCCAGCGAGCCAAGACGCACGCGACGCUCGAGGGCAAGACGCUGCAAAUGCAGCCCAGCGAGAAGCUGAGGGAAUUGAGGGAGAAGAUGGACGGCUCGGGCGACAUGGAAGAGAGCUUCAGCGGCCUCGAACCGAACUCCUUUGGCUCUGUACGCGGGAAGGGUGGCGUGCCUCGUCGCAAGCCUGUCCCUGGCGGGUUUCCGGACGACGAUUCCAUGCUCGAGUAUGACGACGAUGAUAUGGUUAUCGAGAAGCCCCGGCUUAUCCAGAUGCACAAGCCGAAGCUCAGUGCGUCGACGGCGAACGCUCUCCUGGGAGAGAUUGCGUCGAAUAUCAAGCGCUACGACGACUCGGAUGGAGAGGGCGAUGGCGUUACGACAGGGCCUUCGCAUCCAAGUCUCUCAUCUGAUUCUCCCCACACGCCUGCCGAUGGUGUGUCACGACCUUUUAUUCCUCCUCCACCGCCACCACCCCCGGGUGCUCUUGGCUUUUCUAAUGUUAUUCCGCCCCCGCCGCCUAUGCCCGGCACUAAUGGUAAUAUCCCUCCUCCGCCUCCUCCGCCGCCGCCUGGCAAACUCGGGUUUAAUGGACCGCCGGGGAUUCCUCCACCUCCGCCUAUGCCUGGCAUGGGUAUCCCGCCCCCGCCCCCGAUGCCUGGGGGUGGUAUGCCCCCGCCUCCGCCUCCACCGAUGCCGGGGGGUAAGCGUCCUGGCUUCAUGCCAAAGGCGCCUGGCUUCAAUGGUCCAGUUAAGCUCGGGCUGUCAGGGCCGCGGCCGAAGAAGAAGCUCAAGGCCCUCCAUUGGGACAAGGUCGACUCGCCCACUUCGACUGUGUGGGCUAGCCGUGGCAUGACGUCGGAAGAGAAGGAGGAGAAGUACCAGGAGCUGUCCAAGAAGGGUGUGCUCGAAGAAGUCGAGAAGCUCUUCCUGGCCAAGGAGAUCAAAGCCCUCGGCAAGAAGUCGUCCAAGAAGGACGAGAAGAAGCAGAUCAUCUCGCGCGAUCUCAUGCACAACUUCCAGAUCAGCAUGGCCAAGUACUCGGCCAUCUCGGUUGAUGAUAUUGUGCAGAUGAUUGUUGUGUGUGAGAAUAGGGUUCUGGAUGAUAGCGUCGUCAUGGAGUUUCUGCAAAAACAGGACUUCUGCGAGAUCCCUGAUAAUACGGCCAAGCUUAUGGCGCCUUACUCGAAGGACUGGAAUGGCCCAAACGCUAUGGAAAGUAAACGUGAACUCGACCCCACGGAGCUUACUAGGGAGGACCAGAUCUACCUGUACACUGCGUACGAGCUGCACUUUUACUGGAAGAGCAGGAUGAGGGCGCUGUCCCUUACCCGCACGUACGAAGCCGAGUAUGACGAGAUAUCCAACAAGCUGCUAGAGAUCUCGCGCGUGUCGGAGAGCCUGAGGAGUUCGUCGAGCCUGAUCAGCGUGUUGGGCCUCAUCCUCGACAUUGGCAACUUCAUGAACGACGCGAACAAGCAGGCAAACGGGUUCAAGCUAUCCACGCUGUCCCGUCUAGGCAUGCUGAAAGACGACAAGAACGAAUCCACGUUUGCGGAUCUCGUCGAGCGCAUCGUGCGCAACCAGUACUCCGGGUGGGAGAACUUCACGGAUGAGAUUAGCGGGGUUGUUACCGCGCAGAAGAUUAAUGUCGAGCAGCUGCAGCAGGAUGCUAAGAAGUAUAUCGAUAAUAUUAAGAAUGUGCAGGCUAGUCUUGAUUCUGGGAAUUUGUCGGACCCCAGUAGGUUUCAUCCUGAGGAUAAGGUGUCGAUUAUCGUGCAGCGCUGCAUGAAGGAGGCGAGACGCAAGGCGGAGCAGAUGGCCGUGUUUCUGGAGGAUAUGCAGAAGUCGUAUGAGGAUAUCAUGGCGUUUUAUGGUGAGGAUCCGCAGGAUGAUAGUGCGAGGAGGGACUUUUUCGCAAAGCUGGCCAACUUUGUGCAGGAGUGGAGAAAAUCAAAGGACAAAAACACCGCCCUAGAAGACCAACACCGCCGCAACGAAGUCUCGAUGCGCCGCAAAGCAGCCAGCGCAGGCCCCACAAACCCCCUCUCAGCAAACACCCCCACCGACCCCGACGCGCCCAAAUCCCCCGCCUCAACAGGCGCAAUGGACGACCUGCUGCAGAAACUCCGCGCCGCGAAGCCCGAAGCGCGAGACCAGCGCGACCGCCGCCGCCGCGCCCGCCUCAAGGACCGCCACCAAGUCCGCAUCACGUCCGGCCAGCAGGCCCCCGACGCAGCACACUCCGCGGGCGAAGACGCCGACGCGCCAGAUGCUGAUGUCGACGAUGCGAAGAGAAGUAUCGCACCAACGGCGGCGCUCGACGCCGCGGAUCCAGAGGCCGCCACGGCGGGAACAAGCGGUCCAGCACCCCACCCCGCAGGCGCCGCACCUCCGAACCCAGACGCCGACGUCGCGGACCGCGCAGCCGCUAUGCUGCAAGGUCUAUCCGCCAACCCCGACGGCGGACUGAACGUGCGGCGCCGUCGUGAAAGCGCGGAUACAGAGCGUGAGCGUAGGCGUAGACGGCGGCAGCUGGCUAGUAGUGCAAAGACGGAGGAUGGGUCGUUGACGCCGAGGAUUGCUGAGGAGGGGGAUAGCGUUAUGUCUGAGGGUGGGGGUAGGGAGGAGGAUAUGCUUGAGGGCGGGAUGCCGAUGCCGAUGCCGACGACGAUGGUUAGUCCGCCGAGUCCCGAGGGGAAGGGGAGGGAAUUGCUUACGCCGCCGCCGGAGGAGAUGGCUUGA